UCACAAUUCCAGUUAACAGAUUCACUUCCUGUUUUGAAUUGGUCCUUCAAGCCAAGCUAACCAUGCACGUUUAGUGAAGUUAGUAGAGUAUGUGUUUUACGGGGCUUUGAAGAGAUGUUGCGUAAAAUAAUCAACAGCAACUCGCUACUAGUACUUUACAGAGUAACAAGCAAGAAUAUCAGAACACCAAAUCGGCCACUGUCCUCGCAGAAACACACACAACUGUUGACCCCGUCUGGUGUGUGUCGUUCACCUCCAAGAUACUGCUCUCAUUUACCAACCGGAGAAAAUGAUGCCUUUCUACCCACCAGCCUCGCACCACAAACAGACCACGCGGAGUCUGAACAGCAUAAAAGCCAUGACGUGUUCAACAUCGACGUGCUGGUGACACUUCUACGACAGGAGAACGCGCAGGACAUCUGCGUGAUCCGGGUGCCUCGCGAGUUGAAGUACACCGAGUAUUUCGUGGUGGUCAGCGGCUCCUCCACCAGACACCUGCGCGCGAUGGCCUUCUACGCAGUCAAAGUGUACAAGUUCAUGAGGGGACCAGAAGACGCGCACGUGCAUAUCGAGGGCCAGAAUGCGGAGGACUGGAUGUGUAUAGACUUUGGUGAUAUGGUGGUCCAUUUCAUGCUGCCUCCGACCAGAGAGACGUACGAGUUGGAGAAACUGUGGACGUUGCGUCACUAUGACGACCAGCUGCGCAGCAUUCCUCCUGAAACGCUCCCUCCAGACUUCAUCUACGGAGCCAACGACCCCAAAUGACAUCAUCUGGUCCCGUGGAUACCGGAAUGGAUUUCAGCAUAUCAGAGACUGGGUUCUACGCUGUUUCACUGUAGUGUGUGUGAGAUUGAGGAGUGUUGUUUUUGUCUUUUUAUGUGUGUGUCAUCAAUAAAUUAUUGACUUUUGGAUUCUGAAUUUCAAUCAA